AUGAACGCAGUGUUAGCCGCUGGAUUACAAAGCUUGAGAAGACAGGAGCAUCCUGCAAGAAGGCACCACAGCGUGAGCGCGGAGAAAUGUCCGAAACAGUUCAUUUUUGAAAUCCAAACAUCGAAAAACGGCCGAAAAGAAUCUCAUCAAGUGUUCGCGACCAAUAUUUGUUCGGACCCAAACCCGUGGCCGUUACCGCUGUCAAUCGUGAUCCCCGAGAACGCCAAAAUACACGUGUAUGAGGAGCUGUAG